AUGGGCUCUCCGCUGCAUUCACCUGUUACUAUCUCGAUAUGCUCUGCUUUCCACCGGUUGAUUCCCGCACCUAUCGGCGGUGAAGAUAUACGGUUUUGGACCUGGCUUGGUCUCUCAAAGAACAAGUGUUUUGUGUCAUUUACGAGCCACUGUGGCUCGGAUCUAAUCUCGGUUAGAAACCGAAGAAUUUCAAUUCCCUUUUCCACAUUUCAAGUCACCCCACUGACAUCCUCCGUCUCCUCCGCCGUACACCACCACCGCACAACUCCAGGCUUCCAACUUUCUUCACCGAUAAANCUAUCGGAAGCCCGAUAUCAACUAUCUCACUGUGGUGCCGAGUCUAAACGUCGAAGUAAGACUUCGAAACUGCCCCCCGAAUCCUCCCCUUUGCCUUCGCCUUCCGUGUACAAGAUACACCACCGUCCCGGCUUGCUCUUCCCAGGGUUAGUCCUGAUAUCCUCACCGUCGAACCAUAUCGCAUCGAUGAGGCCAUCAUCAUCCGCGGUCAAGCUUCAUCGCCACCGUUCCUCACCGGAACCUUCCCCAGAUCUGAACGGCACCAGAUCGGGAAGUGUUUCGGCUUGGCUCCGACGACUUAUCAGUCCACCUACCGGAUUUGGCACCAGCCGCACCCUACCCCGACCUGCUGGUCUCCAUCAGCCACCAUUGGCCACCGCCAAAACUGUAAUCGCCGGCAAAGUCCCACUGUGUCAAAAUGUGGUCAACAUAUCCUCAUCCGUUGACUGGAUUAGGUUGUUGUUGGGCUAUUGUCAAUUAAUGGGCCUGAUCCGAAAUCACUCAAUCAUUCAUGGUAAUGGGCUGAGACUGAACUUGGACAGUUUUGUUUUGUUUACCCUUUCAAAGCCCAGUCUGCUGAGGCCCAACUGGGAGAUGGUUCUCUAUUAUAUUUGCCCAGCUUCAAAGUCUUCUAGAUUCGCAAAUCUUGCAAUUUAA